UUUAGAUUGAACCAUGAGAGAAAACGGGACGAGCAACCACCACCGGCCAUGCAUCCACAUCAAGCCAGGCGGGGACUGUGUGGAGGGCCUGCUGCCGGCGGUGUAUGAGGCCGCCCUCGUGCACUCGGAGACGCACCACCACAACCCUCACCAUCUGCCGCCCGACCAGAGCACGUCAGCCAUCAUCUACGUGUCGAUCGUGGUGGUGUUCUACGUGGUGAUCAUCGCGGUGCUGGUUGGGACGACCCUCCGGCGGCGCGGCCAGGUCCUGGAGGAGGCUGAAGAAACGCGUCACCUCCUUAUUUACGACGAGAAGACCGACAGCGUAACGCCGACCCCAGCCGUCCCGACCUCCAGGAUACACGAGGCAGGACUGCUGACCGUGUGAGGUCGCGGUUGAUCUGCUGUUCUGUCUGCUUGCGGGUCGACUCUCUGACAGGGAGAGGUCAAGCCCGCUCGUUGAAAGUCGUCAAAAUACUGACAGCCUGAUAAUGUUCUGCUGACGGUAUGGUGUCUAUAAAGAGUAUGAACGAGAUGCAGAUUGUGAUCUCUGAGUUACUGAAACAACACGUCCAGUCAGCAGGCGAACCUUCUUGCCGUGACAACAGGCAAGAAAUUACGUUUAAAAAAGUUUGUAGCAUAACCGAUCCGAACUGAUGUUUCUGGCUGAUUCUUAAUUAAUAGAUUGAAAAAAAAAUUACAAAGACAGAAGGAAAAAAAGACAAAGAGAAUGACUGAGUGAGUAAGAAAGUGUGUGUGUGAACGAGGGUAGGGGGAG